AUGGCAGUCCUGGAGGUCACCGGCCCAAAAGCUGCUCCAGGUGCUGGAGGCUGUGUGCUGCGCCCUGCUUACCACCAGCCAGCUGUGGGGUUGAAAUCUGGACUGAGCAGUUCAGAGGAAGUGAAGAAGGGAGCACGUGUACCCCCGGCUCCAAGGAGUCGAGGGGGGCCCCCCCCCCCCCCCCCCCCCACCCCCGCCACACCAGGCUUUCCUACACCAGAAAACCUCAAGAGAUGCUCUUCUGUCCCAGCUAGCGAUUUGGGGAGAGCAGAGGGGGGAGGCGCUGCCUGGGGGCAGGUUCAGUCAGAACCUCGUGGGCUGGUGCUGAAAUCGACUGCAUGGAGCCAGCGGCUCAGCGUCUUGAAGGAAGGCAUGGGCCAAAAAGGCCCUGGAGCCCCUGGCCCUGCCCCCUCGAGUCUGUCUCUUCUGCUGCCUAAGGGUUUCCGCGGCCUGCUCUCAAGUCCCCUCGGCGACCUCGGCCUUGGCCUCUCCUUUGGAUUGCCAGAACAGAACAGGCCACUGGAGGUUCCCCCGGGAGCCAUUUCAGUGAAGCAGGAGAGGGAUUUAUGGAGCAGAAGCCCUUUUUGUGCGGGCUUAUCAGACCAGCUGCUUGUGGGGAGGUCCAAGGUGCUGAGAAGCUCUGGCAGACAAGAGCACGAUGGGCCGGCUUGGAGUCAGGAUGAGCUGGCCUUAGAGCCCAACUCUGGUGUGGUCAUGGACAUGCCAUUCUGCUCCAGUACCCUCAGCGGGAAGAUGGAGGCGCUAACCCCUGGAGGAACGGCCUCACGGACACGAUGUGUCCGGAGUGCUUGGCUUCAGGAAGGGCCCAAGCCAGGCCUGGCCCCCCAGAAGAGGUGCGGCCAGAGCUGCCACGCUGAUGGAGGCCAAGAUUGUCGAAGGGCCUUUAGAGGUCAGCAGAGGAAACUGAGGGAGCCCCGAGGGCUCAAGUCUCCAAGGUAACUGUCCAAGCCAGGAUCUGAACCCAGGCUGGGUGGCUCCUAAUCUCGUUCAGAUUUACAUUCUCUCCACUACAGCACACAGUCUGAUCAGAGACCUGCCAGACUGACCAGGGACAGAAGAGAUUUGUCCCCCAGGUCAGGAAGGAGGCUCUGAGGAGACAUUUCCUCCCAAGGCAAUGGGCAGGCCACCCCCUCCCCCAGCUCUGAAGAGAAGCAGGCUGGGCCUGGGCCAGGAGGGGAGGAAGUUACUCAGAAUGAAGCUGCUCCAGGCCCAACCUGUGGCCAAGGUGUGAAGUGCUCAGCCC